AUGAGCAAGAUGGAAAAUCACAUCGGUGAUCAUUCUGGGAAAAGUUAUCACAUCAGUGAUAGUUCAGACAAGGUUACGGAAAAUCAAGGUGACUUUAGCGAAAUCAUCGGCAGAGACAGUACGAGAGAGGGCACAAAAGCCGAACCCAAAGGAGAUACCAUGGUGGUGAAAGCAUUAACGUCGAAUCUGACCGACAAUGACAUUUUAACGUGUUUCGACCAAUUUGGCAAAAUGUUGGAGUUAACAAUGCCGUAUGACACUAUCAGAAAGCAGACUGAAGGUUUUUUUAUUAUAAGAUACAAGUCUGAAGAAGUUGUGGACAAUCUGCUAAAAAUUACAAAUCCGACGAUCAACGGAACAAAAAUCAUUGUGAGCAGAGCUUUGCCAACAGGAAACAGUGUUGAGAUACGGAGCACACCAGUGAUCAGAGGUCGUGGAAGCAAAGGAAGUUACGGCAUUCAAAAUUUGCAGAGAAAUAAUGUUGACUUCGCCAACUCCUCACGUCCUAGGACCUACUAG